AAACUGUAUAAUGUAUAAUGACCUCUCUAAUCUCUGCCAAAAACUGAUCUUCUUCCAGUGGAUUCUGGUUCUUGAUCAUUGAGGAGAUCUUCUUGAACUUUAUCCAAUUCUUCAAAUUUACAGUUACCCAGUGGUUGAACUGUUUUGAUUACACCAGUAAAGUUCCCUGAAACUAUGAGUACUGGUCCAACAAAAUCCACGCCAAAUGGCUUUGAGAAUUCUUUGAGACCGGAAGAAGAACAGAACAAGAUUGAUGAGAUGAGAAAGUUGAUUGGGCCGCUUUCAGGUAAGUUGGCCCUUUAUUGUUCUGAUGCAUCCAUUUCAAGAUAUUUAGCAGCUCAAAGCUGGAAUGUGAAGAAGGCAGCUAACAUGCUUAAAGCAUCCCUGAAGUGGAGACUGGAUUUCAUGCCUGAAGAAAUUCGCUGGGAUGAUGUGGCUAGUGAAGCAGAAACAGGCAAAAUUUAUAGGUCAAACUAUAAAGACAAGCAUGGCAGGCCAGUUCUUGUCAUGAGACCUCGUUGCCAGAACACUAAGUCUGUAGAAGGACAGAUGAAGUAUUUAGUAUAUUGCAUGGAAAACGCAGUUGUAAAUCUCCCAGAAGACCAGGAACAGAUGAUCUGGUUGGUUGAUUUUCAUGGAUACACUCUGUCAAAUUUCUCAAUCAAGGUGACAAAAGAAACGGCUCAUAUUUUGCAAGACUAUUAUCCUGAAAGACUGGGGAUAGCUAUUUUAUAUGAUGCACCCAAAAUAUUUGAACCAUUUUGGAAGCUAGCAAAGCCUUUUUUGGACCCAAAGACUGUGAGCAAAAUCCAAUUUAUGUACUCAGAUGACCCCAACAGCAAGAAAAUGAUGGAAGAACUGUUUGACAUGAGUCUGGUGGAGUCUGCAUUUGGCGGAGAUGAUAAGGCUGAUUUUGAUGUCAAUAAAUAUGCUGAGAGGAUGAGAGAAGAUGAUAAAAAAUUGUCUGCUUUCUGGAAGAAAGACGAUAAUUCUGCAUCAAAUGCACAGCCAACUGUGACAGCUGAUCCCUCUUUAUUGCCAACAAAUUCUGAUUCUGAUUCUGAAGUCUUAGAUGAGAAAGUAGAGAAACCUUCUCUUGAUGUUGAUGAAGAGGAAUUAUCAAUUGAAGAAACUUUGCCUGGAACUGACAGUACAAAUGCGAAUGUUAAAGCAGUGUAACUAGAUGCUCUCACAACAUGGGCAAAUUAACCAUUUCUCCAAAUGGUUCAGAACUGAGCAGAGAACAUUUUGAUGUAAUGAGUGUGAUAUGCUAUAAAAUGAAUGUUGUGCCACUUUAUACUAGGUAGUUCUUUGGAUGUUUUGCAUAUACCAAUUCUUUUAACACAAGA